ACCGAAGCUCUGGCUAAUUGCCGGCAGAAAAACGCAAGUCUCGUCAACGUCUACAGUAAUGAGGAAAACGUAUUUAUACAACGUCUUCGCAAUGGAGCAAAGUCCUGGCUGGGAUUAAAUGACAUUUCCAGAGAGGGAACGUUCACCUGGGCAGGCAGCCGGCCAGGAAACUUUACAGCUUGGGCCAAAAACCAACCAAAUAAUGUUGGAGAUGAAGACUGUGCGCAUACACUUGGCAUUGGACACAACUACAAGUGGAAUGACGUGAAGUGCAGUGACUGUCAUCAGUAUACCUGCAAAAAAGGUCAAUGGAAAUUACAUAAACAACCAAGAAGUCUUUUUUAUAAGUAGGUUAUAUAAUCCGGGUGAGUUGAGUCCCGUUUAAGACUGUUGGCGGUGAGAGUGACUGCUGUUUCAACAACCUCGUGCAUGCUGAAGAACUUUAUAAACAUCACCCGCCAACAAGCCGGUCUUUUGCCUGUUUGUUGUAGCCUGUCCCAGCGCGCAGCGCGAAGUAAAGAGAGGAGUGAAGAAAACAGUCUUCCCUCUUCGUUUUUCUUCGAUUUCUUCACUUCGCUCUGCUCUCCACUAACUAAACACCUGGAACAGGCUAGCCUGUUCACAGGACCUCUAUUUUCUGUGCUUCACGCUCGCUCUCGCUUUCAUCAAAUCAGAGUAGAAAAACAUCUGCAAACAGGCUUGGAACCCGGUUAUAGACCCUUGAUACAUCAAAGUCCGUCUAUUAUACAACUAUCCCCCAAAGGGGAGGAGAAUAGUGGUGGCUCUAAUAACGAGACGCGAAGCGUCGGGGUAUAUAUCGAGCGCUAUGAACCGACCCUGAGGGGUUAUUUGUUUUAGUAUUUACAUACGAAAUCAGUCGGAUAAAAAUCAAAAAGGAACUUUUUUUGUAAAUAAAAGACGUCGCUUAGUUAGAGUUUUUUUGCGUUUAAAUUGAAAGUGUUUCAGGGACCAAUUGUUAUGGUUUUGUUCCAAAUUCAGUAAGAAAAUUCUUUUCUACUGACCAGUAAACACCGACAAACCAAAUUUGUUCUCUUUCUUGGUAUUUGUUGGUGCAGCUGCUUCAUUUACCGCUAAAAUUUCAUCUUUCGAAACUGUUGCGAAACGAGACGCAGAAUCCUGUCCCAAAACAGUGAAUAUCCAAGGAUAUUCCGAGUUACGGAAGACAAUCAGAACGCGCGAAAAUUGCUAUCCACUGAUUUGGUGAAUACUAAUAAAAACUAGGCUGUGCUCUUUUUUUGAACUACAUCUUCCUGUCUCGAUAUCAGAUAGCACAUCCACCGCUCCAAGAGACUAUAAAGGGGACAGAGAGGGCAUCCCCCAUAUACACCCUAUUCCAUAGGUAAUUCGUCUCGAGUUAUUUUUAACACCACAGAUCUCAAGGGGGAUUAGACAACAGCCAAUCACAUAGCGCGAAUGUGUUCCGCGUGGAUGACCCACGCUGAGAGCCACGCGUCCUUCACGAAAUGAAGCUCAGAAAGAGAAAUAAAAUUUCGUCGUUGCUUAUUUACGUCCUCCAUAAAACGCGAAAUUAGGCAUUUUCACGUCGUAUGUCGUGCAAAAACGGGAAAGAAAUGAACAAAAAAGUGUGUUGCACGUGCGAAGUUGUUGUUUUGCUAAUUAAACCUAUUGUUUUUUUGACGCUCUAGUUGUCGUCCGCGUCGUUGGAUCUUAAACUCCCUAAAUUGUACCAACGACUGGUUUCAAUAGACCGGCGAAAUUUCUCAUUUUAUUAAAGCACUGAGGUUACGACAACUUCGAGUUAAACUGAUUUCACGGGUUGUCAAAGAGUCCAGCGAUUCCUUUUUCCCAGGUGAGCGCCGACUCAUUUCGCUUCAAUAUUCAGGAAUGCUCUCGAUCUUUUUACGCUUUCAUUGCCUCUCGCCCGACAUGUUGUGCUCGGCGUUUGGUCAUGCGAAACCUCCACGAAACAUCCACGCCUCGCGCGAGGUAACUUUAUCCCGAUUCUAAAAAUAACUCGAGACGAAUUACCUAUGGAAUAGGGUGUAUAAGGGGGAUGCCCUCUCUGUCCCCUUUAUAGUCUCUUGACCGCUCUUAUUCUUUCCCUGUCUUUCUCCAUGUUUUUAGCUCUCUUGAAGCGUUUGCCAUGAUUACCUUGGUAAUAAGAAUCAAAUAUUGCUUUACACCUUAUAAUAUUUUUUUUUCUUGAAAUUUUUUUUUGGUUUUUCUUGUUUAUGCUUUAACAGACCUGAAUGCGUGCAGCGGCAACAAGUUCUGUCAUCUAAAGGCUUAUUGUACAAAUCUGUGGGGUUCGUUUAAGUGCACCUGUAACCAUGGCUACGCGGGAAAUGGAUUUAACUGUAUAAACGGACGAGGUACAUAAGAGACAUUUUAACAACAUAAGAGACUUACAUUUUGAAUGAAAACUAAUAGGAGUUAAACGUUUCUGAAAACUGUUUCUAACCUGUCCAAACUAUAUCUCUUCCAUACGGUAGGGUUUUCAGGCACGUACUCUUCUAUAGUGUAAACUGAAGACUGUUUUCCAGUCUUGCUAGAUCACUUAGGUAUAUCAAUUUGACAGAUUUUCAAUCGCUGCCGAUCUGUUAUAAAUCUGUGUUUGUCAUUAACAUAUACAAAUAUUUUAUAUUUUUAUUUUUUUUAUAUACAAAUCAAGGGAUUGCGUCCAAGGAGGUCUGCGUCUCGACGGGAUUAAUGGUAUCAAGGCUUCCCGCGUUGCACCGGCUGUAACUGAGACACAAUUAUUUUGAUUGAAUAAAUUUCUUACUGUUAACUGUUUUUACGACUAACGGCUAAAAUUUUCGCAUUUACACCAAUAGACCAAAAUCUUUGGCUGUUUUAAGGCUAGCUCUUAACUCCAUAGAGACCCUCUUAGCAGCGUCUACCGGGAGUCCGAGGAUGGGCGAAGCGGGAUUACGCUCUUUUACGCCCGUUAAACGAUCCAAGUUUUCGUCCAACAUCGUAUUUGUCUUGCACAAAAUGUGUUGGGUUAUUCUGACACCAAAUCAGAUUCAUUCUUGCACCAUAGUUAUUGCAAUCGACCUUCUUUUCAGGAUUACAAGACUCUGCUAUUGUGGGAAGCAACAUAAACCACUUGACCUUGUUACUUAACUGGCUUAAACCAGUGGCAAAAAGCGUCAAUCCUUUCUGGAAACACUGUUGGCGUGCAUCCGUGUACGGCUGGGCUGCACGUUCAUUUCACUACGGAUGUGACGGCAAGGGCCCGACUGUGACAAUAAUAAGGGUCGGGAGAUAUAUUUUCGGAGGAUACACUAGUAAAUCUUGGGGUAAGUGCGCAUUGUAAACAGAGAUAUUACGAUAACACUUUUUCCGCUACUAGCACUAAGAAGUUAUAUGUAAAUGUACAGGUGAGCAAUAUGGUGGACAAUAUGGAAUCUGUUGACCCUGCAAUGAAGGCGUGGUUUUAGCCAGCUAAACAGGUUUAAAUUUCAUGUUGUCAUCGACUAUUGAAUCUUUGGAAAAUGAGGUAACAUGGCCCUCUGCACCUACUACCUUACUUUUCAUUACAAAAAUUGUGUUAAAAGACUUUUAAAAAAUAUGUAUUAUUUUCAUGCACUGUACUCACUAUAUGUCUUUUCAUUGGCUAAGAGCCUACAGUUCAUUUUGGAAAUCAGCUUAAAAUACAGACAAGAACCCCAUAGUGGAGGUUCAUUGGGCUGCCGACUGCGCGGUCUACAGUCUACGUGAAAACGCGUUAUUUUUUUCCACACGAUAAAAAUAUUCAGUUUUAAGAUUUUUUUUGGUAUUUUUCCUUAACUUAAAGGAAUAAAUUGUUUUGCAUUUUGACCCAAAAAAGUCUGAUUUCAUCGGCACGCACUUUAAACAAUACGAAAAGAUGAAACGAUCGAUAUCACGUAUUUUACCAUGAUACUAAUUAACAAUAGGCUGAUUUAGCAACGGGACGGGAACGUCAGUUGGCGACGGGAAAGCGCGCGGAAAGGAAUAAACACGACUUCCGGUGUCCAAUUUGCCGCUCUGCCAUUGGUCAAGCCAGUUGUUUGAUUUGCGCGCGCCAUCGUCAACUGACGUUCGCGUUCUGUUGCUAAAUCAGCCUAAUUAUUCCACGAGGGCGCAUUGGAUAUGAGAUGAUAGACAGCCAACGAGGCGCGUCGCGCCGAGUUGGCUAUAAUCAUCUCAUAUCCAACAAGCGCGAGUGGAAUAAUUGUUUUAUUAAAAACGCCCACAAAAUCUCGUUGAAUCUCCCCGACUAGAACAAACGGGAAAAGACAAGGGACUUCCGCUAUUUACAUGUCACACGUCUAUCAAAACUGUCAACGCGCCAACGGACUCGCCUGGACUGCAUGAAUGAAAAAUCAAAACAUUGUAGCACAGCAGAACAGAUAAAAAAACCUGGCAGAUAAUGUGAAGGAAAAGAAUUUUUAAGUGACAGCCGUCGAAAUUACUGUGAAUUUGGAUUUUCGGUGCAGUUAUAAAAGUAAGAACAACGGAGAAAAACUAUUACCUCAGUCGCUUGUUAUGAAGUUGUUUGAAGCCACAAGCUGGUUUUGCUGAACGAGAAAAGAAGCUAUACUGCCGCCUCGAUUGCUCUAGUGAAUGGCUGCAUAGCCUGUAUUUGUAGCUGGUUACUUGUGAUUUAUAUUCUUGAUGUCGGAUAAACAAGCGGCGGUUAUCUAUCGGCGAGUGACUCGAUCGGCGCCAUGGCUUCGCGAUCAUGAAGAAACAACACUUGUCUUCUUUCGUAGCUGGUUAAGGUACUUUAGUUCCAUGUGUUUUGAUGUGUUUUUCGACAAACUUUCAAACAAGCUCUCGUGGCUUUUUUGUUUGUUUUUGUCUUUUUUCUUUCGAUGAAAUUACAUUUCUAGUAUUCUAAGAAAUGAAUUAAAACAAUAUAUACCAUAACGGCUAAGCCAAUCAAAAUGCUAGAAUUGCAUUAUCCAAUGAUUCAGUUUUUAAUAAUAUAUAUUAUACUGUAAUAUACUAUAUAUUUAACAAUUAUUCUUUAAAAUCGAGGUGAAUAGUGGUAAAAUAUUUACCGAGCCGCGAAAGCGGCUUCUAUUCACCGAGAUUGAAAAGAAUAAUUGUUUUAGUAUAUACACACGAAGUGAUCUCAACAAAAUCACAGCGGAAACCAUUAAAAAGCACGAUUUGAUUGCCAGAUCAAAUCACGCGUAAGUUUAAAAUAGAUCUUUGCAGAAUUUUCAAACAUAUAUGGCAAUUCACAAGUUUAUCAUUUCGCAAACAACAGCGUAAUGGCUUAAAUGGAACCGCUAAAAGUUUGAACUGUUUCCUUACCUGAGAAGAAAAGUAGAGCUUUGUUGUUUUCUGUUGACUCGCCAAGUUUAUCGCCAAAAGGGUUUGUUGUGUCGUUCUUCGCAUGAAGUGCUGACAAAAAUGGCGGCUCGGUUGCUCGAGGUAAGACGUCGUCUUCCUGUAUCAUUAUUUUUCCUGUUUACUUGAAACGUAGAAUUUCUGCAAACAUUUCCUUUUAAAUUUGUUUGUCAUAAAUAAACUUCGAUUUUUGAGCCAAAAUUUUCUUGUUCACGAAACGGCUUCUUCUACCCGAAUACACGGGAGUUGUAAACAACCCAUCGAGCACAAAACUCAGCUACAGUAAAUUAAAAAAACACCGUCUUGAAUCCUUCCAAGUCUUUUCUUGCCUUAAAAAAAGUCAGCCCUAGGAUUUUGUCGACUUUUAAAAGAUCGUUCUCUAAAAAAAUGGGAAAAACACCGAGCUCACACAUUAUCCACUCGCUAGGAGGUGAAUAUUGUUGAAUAGUCCGAGGUAGCGAACCAAUCAGAUAGCUUAAAUCACCAAGAUCGCUGAGUGUGUAUAUAUACUAAUAUAUAAUGUACCACAUUAUACUGUUUUUGCCCCUCACAUUUACAGUGUUCGUUCGUCAUGUUCAAAACACUUUUAGGAAAAUACGGGUCACGUAAGUCGUGUGUAUCAUUCGAGAUAAAUCGAUUAUAGGCUUUUUUAAGUUCCCUUUUGGAGUCAUUUUGGCGGUAACUUUAGUUUACAUCUCCAUAAAAUGGUAUGCAUGGAAAGAAACUUUACGCGAGCUGUGAACUUUCAAAGGUUUAUCGAAACUCGUUAAUGCUGACAUCACUAUAUCGUGCUUGCUGAAUGGGCGAACACACAGAAUUGAGGAGAAGCAUAACAACUGAUAACGAGAUCAUGCCCAUAUUUAAUGGCAACGAGGCUGCGAUUGUACUUUGGGGCAAUAUACCAUCGCAUCGACGGUUUGUUGCUCGCAUCUUCCAAAUUUUGUCAGCGCCAGCUGGUUAUGAAGAAUAAGUGAGCGGAUUAAAGCCAAUCAGAAAUGGAGAACUAUUUUAAAUGAAUAAUAAAGAAUAUAGUGUAGAAUAAAUGGUGAGGAGACCUCAAGAAACCUCAGUUCUUGUCCUAAGAGGUCCCCUCGAUGAAAAAACUGAAUUAUUGAUAUCGAGUGGCGAGACUGUACCAGCAUAACUGCCCGUCUGUUAUUGUUUGUUUGUUUGUGUUAUAUAUCUUUACACAUUUUCAUAAUCGUUGGAAGAUCAAGAAGAUUUCUUUUGAAGGAAGAUAAGAGGUACCGUAUAUGCUUGAAUUAGCGCCCAGGGCGAUUAUUUAAUUUUUUGACUUGAGAUCGAAGGGGUCGCUUAUUUAAAGGGAAGGGCUUAUUUCCAGCCUCGAAAUGACCUUAUCUUUGUUUCAAAUGAACAAAACCUGUAACACUUAACAGGAAAACUUAAACGUGGCUUUCACUGGAAACCAAACUUUGCGCGCAUUUGGUACACAUACUUCGCUCCUGGCUGUAGUCACUAAGUUCUUUCACUACCCUUAUCAGAGGUGCCGCGUCUUCGACAUGCGACAGUGUAAUGUCCUCAAAUUAGUCAAUCUCUAGUUCACGAUCGUACAUCUCAUUUAUGCUGUAUUCCUUGAAGGUAUAAGUAGCGCAUGCCCCGGCUUAUAAUCAGUAUAAGAGGGUUGUUAGACCUUUGCCGAUGGAUCGGGCCAAUUUCGUUCCAUAUGGAACGAUGCAGAUUAUCCAUUUCUGAACCCUUUAGCUUCGAUCCGGUUUAAGUGAUUAAGUUGAUAAGUAGCAAAUUCAGGAACGAUAAAUAUUUCCCCACUGAAUAAAUCUCAUUUUGAAUCCUGCCAGAGUUACACACAAGAAACCUGCUAACAUUUUUGGGAAUAAUACAUUGCCAAUUUCGCUAUUUCCCUCUUUGUAAAUUAAAUUUCUCCCUUUCCUGUAAAGUUAGCCAGCCACAAUUCCAUGGAAAGCAAGACGAAAAGUUGGGUAACAAAACGAUAUAGAAUAGAAAGGAAAGGGAAAGAAAGAGGGCGAGAAAGAAAGAUCGAAAUAGAUAUUUGCAAAAAAAAUUAAAAAAUUGCCCACUUUUUUCUUAAGCGUAUGCGCCAAAACCAAAAAUGAAACUCGCGGGAAAAUAUGCAAAGGAUUAAAGGGGCGCUAAUUCGAGGAAGGCGGAGGGGGGUUUUUUGAAGGGGGCGCUUAUUCAAGCGGUGUCGGUUACUAAAGGAGGUAAAGCAUUCCAUGUUCUUGUUAGAGUAUAGUGAACAGUAUGAAGUUCAUAUAGAAUGUUUAGUCAGGGGCGGAUCUAGGGGGAGGGUGCAGGGGGUGCGCACCCCCCCCCCCCGGGAUGACCUGCGGUUUUUAAAUACAACUGGUAUUCUGCAAAAAAAAAACUAUGUGGUUUAUUGGUGUUGAAGUAGAGCAAGAGACGAGUGCAUCCCCUCCUAAAAAAAAUCCUGGAUCCGCCCCUGUUAGUCUCGUAGCACUACGGCAAAUGAUCGAACAGAGAGAGAAUCGGAUUAAUUCUAAAGUAAAAAUUUAAGUGCUGCAAAUAACCCUUAGGACCCUACUGAGCGAUAGACUCAGUAAAGGGAAUUAGGGGACCAUACGAGGCAGGCAAGGAAAGGAAUAUUUUAAAAUCGAUGGGAUUCGAACCCACGACCUCUGGACUAGAUGCGGCCUGCGGAAGCAAGUCGUCGGUAAUUAAGGUGGUGGAUCGCGGCGAGGAAAGAGUGUGCGGGGAACAUAGAAUGUUGUCCAGCAUAGCAAUAGUAACAAAUGAUGGAAUAAAGACCCUCUUUCUUCGCUACAGUAACUGUCUACGAGCCUUUUUCUUGUAUACCUGCUUACCUUAAAAAAGUAACAUUAUAUGGAUGGCUUCGCUGUAAGUACUACGACAAUGUCGCUAUUAGCACUUACUUCUUUUUCUUUUCUUUCUCAGCCUACAGUCGCUAUGGCCGGUAUCAAUACGAUUCAAAAGCGUUUCUGUUUUCACUGGUGAACAAGCCUGGAUGGGCACCUGUCAAAUUGCCUCAAACAGGGGAUUAUGCUUCAAACAAAAGAUCCAUACACUCUCAAACGUACUCUGGGCCUACAUUCGGAGGUGGAUAUGACAUUUACAUUUCCAACUACGCGUCGUCCAAUAGCGAUUCUGACAGCGAUCUUGGCUAUACUUACAGCCCACCGAGCGGGUACAGCUACCGCAGCACCUUCGCCCAAACAUUCCUGGCAGGAACUCGCAGGUUCACACCAGACGAAGUAGAAACUUUUUACGAAACAACCAAAAUGCAGUGA